AUGUUUGUUCGUCUCCUGAGGCCUGCCCAGACGUCCGUAACCUCGGAGUCCCAUCGGCAGUGUCUGAUCGCCAUAACAAAAAGAACCGAAGCCAUCUCGAGAUCGCACCCCAGGAUAUCCCAGGCCCCACAGCCAGCCCAGCGACCCGGCACUAAACCGGCCCCAUCUCCAGCGAUCCCCCGUUACACCGUCGCACGUAUCCCGAACGCGCGCCCGCAAGCCUCGGGGACUCGACAUAGGCUUUGGAUCCUCACCACAUCCGGCUCGACAAAGUGA